AUGUCCUCCCGCAGCCCCCGGCCCCCGCCCCGCCGCAGCCGCCGCCGCCUGCCGCGCCCCUCCUGCUGCUGCUGCUGCUGCCGCCGCUCCCACCUCAACGAGGACACUGGCCGCUUCGUGCUCCUGGCGGCGCUCAUCGGCCUCUACCUGGUGGCGGGAGCCACCGUCUUCUCGGCACUGGAGAGCCCCGGCGAGGCGGAGGCGCGCGCGCGCUGGGGCGCCACGCUGCGCAACUUCAGCGCUGCGCACGGUGUGGCCGAGCCGGAGCUGCGCGCCUUCCUCCGGCACUACGAGGCCGCGCUGGCCGCCGGGGUCCGCGCCGACGCGCUGCGCCCGCGCUGGGACUUCCCUGGAGCCUUCUACUUCGUGGGCACCGUGGUAUCAACUAUAGGUUUCGGCAUGACCACCCCGGCCACGGUGGGCGGGAAGGCCUUCCUCAUCGCCUACGGGCUGUUCGGCUGCGCCGGCACCAUCCUGUUCUUCAACCUCUUCCUGGAGCGCAUCAUCUCGCUGCUGGCCUUCAUCAUGCGCACGUGCCGCGAGCGCCAGCUCCGCCGCAGCGGCCUGCUGCCCGCCUCCUUCCGGCGCGGCUCGGCGCUCUCGGAGGCCGACAGCCUGGCCGGCUGGAAGCCCUCGGUCUACCACGUGCUGCUCAUCCUGGGCCUGUUCGCCGUGCUGCUGUCCUGCUGCGCCUCGGCCAUGUACACCAGCGUGGAGGGCUGGGACUACGUGGACUCGCUCUACUUCUGCUUCGUCACCUUCAGCACCAUCGGCUUCGGAGACCUGGUGAGCAGCCAGCACGCGGCCUACCGGCACCAGGGCCUCUACCGCCUGGGCAACUUCCUCUUCAUCCUGCUCGGCGUGUGCUGCAUCUACUCGCUCUUCAACGUCAUCUCCAUCCUCAUCAAGCAGGUGCUCAACUGGAUGCUGCGCAAGCUGAGCUGCCGCUGCUGCGCGCGCUGCUGCCCGGCGCCCGGCGCGCCCCUGCCCCGGCCCCCCGACAGCGACGCCGAGGGCCGCCGCCUCUCCGGCGAGCUCAUCUCCAUGCGCGACCUCACGGCCUCCAACAAGGUGUCGCUGGCGCUGCUGCAGAAGCAACUGUCGGAGACGGCCAACGGGUACCCGCGCCACGUGUGCAUCAACACGCGCCAGAACGGCUUCUCGGGCGGGGUGGGCGCGCUGGGCAUCAUGAACAACCGGCUGGCCGAGACCAGCGCCUCCAGGUAG